AUGGUGGAAGCUGUACAGGACCUGGAACAUGUAGCUGCAGGAGUGGUUGGACUGGAAACAAAUGUCGAUCUGGUAAAAUAUGUUUCCUGCAUGGGCUUCGGUGGUGCAAUUGUUAGAACAAGCGCCUUUUCACAGCUUUUUUCAUAGCAUUUCAUCACCGACAGCGUGGGUUUGAUUUGUAUACCGCAGACACAUGAUACUGUGAAGAGUUAGGGCCUGUUCAUAAAGAGAAAAGUUAUCCCGUUUACCGGGUAAAGUUUCCGGCUGUGACGUAGCACUGAACAUCAAUUGAAUUGAAAAGUUGCUGACACGACAGAAAGUUAUCCCGCUUAGCGGGAAAGUUGUGUUCAUAUGGGAAAAAUAUUAUCCCGGUCACCGAGAUCUUGCCUGUCAACAAGCGAGAUCUCGGUACACGGGAAAACAUUUCGUCUCAUAUGAACGCAGUGUAACUUUUCAUAUUAUUUUCAUACCAAGACGAGAUCUCGCUUGUAAACUUGUCGAAAAGUUUUCUUGCUAACCGGGAAAACUUUUGCCCAUGUAUAUGAACAGGCCCUUAGUCAACGCUCUACCAACAGUCGUUGAUUUUCUCCGGGUACUUUGGUCUCCACAGGGAAUGGUGGGUUGGGAUAAGCCCCAAAUAGACCUUACUAACGUAGCUAUGCUCCGUGGUCAAACGUGAUGAAAAGGCGGCUAUACAAGGUGAGUCAAAAGGCAGCUGCCGGAAGUAUUAUAACUUAAUAGAAUUCCUUUGACUUGAUCAGGUUGAGCUUCUUCGUUUUCAAUUCGGCUUAGCUCUCAGCUGCAAGUAAGGAUGAUUAAUUAAUUAACACAUACCCCAUGCACUUACCUUGGUAUAUGGCCGGACAUAAACUGUUUACGAAUUGUAUUUUCCUAAAUCUUAUCGCAUCGAUAGUAUUUUUUUAUUUCUAUCCAGCUGAUUGUGGUUCCGGAUGCAAAAAUGGUGGAACUUGUACAGGACCUGGAACAUGUAGCUGCAGGAGUGACUGGACUGGAAGCAGAUGUCAAUAUGGUAAAACGUGUUAAUUCCUUUUCGUAAACGCCUAUAGACAAUAACCCGCCAUUAUGUCCUCUAGCGCGCGGUUCGAAUUGUAAGAUUAUAAAAUUCUCGCUUUAUAGGUGCCAUAGAUAUCUUAUACAGACUAGAUAGCGCAUCUCUUUUAGUAAAAUUGAAGCCAAAAAUAUUCCAGCGGUUACCCCCAUUUGAAUAGUGGCGGCCAUGUUGAAGUUUCCCACUCGCUAAUAAACGCUUAAAAAACAACAAUAACUGUCAUCAUUCGAAUAGUUUGAAAAUGUAUUUGGAAUAGGUUUAACUUAAUGUUUAAGUUCCCUGUUUAAGAAAUAAGAAACAUUCGAGUCUUCUCAUUACAUGGGAAUAUCCUGAGUCUGCAAUCACGGCUUCAAUUUUUGAAUUGCAGAAUAGUAGAUGCACUAUUUAGUGUAUAUAAGAUAUCUAUGAUAGGUGCACGUUACCUAUAAUAACUUAAUUAUAAAUCAUUUAUAUAUAUUUGUAAGUUUUAACACGGAAUAAAUUGGCCCGUAUAUAACUGUCUAUAACCCCACAAGUAGAAAAAGGUGGGGGAUUCAGGACGAAAAAAAUUUAAAAUAGCGCUGCAAAGUUUGCUCAUUUUAUGUAUUUUUUAUCAAUUUUAUCGAUUAUGACGUUCUUUCUCAACUACAAUCAUAGGGAAAAAAUUUAAAUUCCAUUAAUGUUUUUUUUAAUGGCUUUUUAAAGAUUUAGCUGCCAUGAACACUAUCAAAUUAAGAACUGAACUCUUACGUACUAUUAUUGGUUAUAGAUUUCCUUUAUGGUAAAUUGGUAAAACCAUGAUGUUUAAUAUUUACCGUUAAUUAAUGGAAAAAAUAAAGUACCGUUAAAGAUAAAUAUUAAAACAUUAUAGUUUUUAGCUACUAAUUUACCAUAUGGGAAUCAAUAAUAACCAAAAAUGAAAAGAGUUCAGAUUUUAGAUUCAAAAACAAUUUAAUUUUUUCCCAGUGAAUGCUGAAUUUUGAUUUAUUUACCUGAAUAUAAAUGUGGAAAAGCCGUGGAAAGAUCCAUUGGCUGAGGGCAAAUAGAUUUAAUUUUGUUUCAGUUUGAUGAAAAUGAAUGUGAAAUUCACGAAAAAAAUUAUCUUGCCAUCUAAAAAUCCGCAGGAAGAAGUAUAUGCAGACUUGCAUACAGUAACCUGACUUUAAAAUGUAUGUUCUCUUACGCGAUUCAUAACGUCAAUAUAAAUCAUUGGUUGAUACUGCAAGUUAUCGUAUUACAUUUAUUACUGUUUAUAGCUGAGUGUGACUCCGGAUGCAAAAAUGGUGGAAGCUGUACAGCACCUAACACGUGUAGCUGCAGGAAUGGUUGGACUGGAGACAGAUGUCAAAAUGGCAAGACUUGUUAAUGCUCCUUGUCCUUGA